UGUUAAAGCAGUGUAAAGCUCUCACUCAAGUUUCUGGUUGUUGACCUGAAUUCCAGGGAGCACGUGUACCAGUCCCGAGCAGGCUGACUCCAGCCCAGGGUUUAAUCUUGCAGGCGCUGUGUGUCUGGGAAACCCUGGCAGGGAGCUGCUUUCCCCAGCUCACAGUGUCCUGACCAUCUGAAACUUGAAGCUGCUGACUUCUAACCCUGUUCUCUCAGAGCUGUGCUCGGGACUAAAGCUCCCUGUCCCAAUCCUGCCUUCAUCACUUCUGGGGAAAUCUCAGGAGCUUUUAGAUCUGCCUUGCUGCUGACGUGGAACAUAGAUGCCUUCUGUGCACCUCAGAUUUUAAAACAAGGCAGAAGGUGAUAGAAGACAUGAGGUUAUGUCUGAGAGGCCUGGUCUGCCAGGCUCUGAGGAGCUCCUGGGGAGUCUGCAGGAUUCACACACAGCCACCACCUCCCCGGAUCCCUGAGGUUGUAGCCACCUGGGAAGCCAUCAGCCUGGGGAGGCAGCCAGUGCCCGAGUACUUCAACUUUGCUCAUGAUGUGCUGGAUGUGUGGAGUCAGCUGGAAAAGACAGGGCACCGGCCCCCAAAUCCUGCAUUCUGGUGGGUGAAUGGCUCAGGAACAGAAGUCAAGUGGACGUUUGAGGAGCUGGGGAAGCAGUCCAGGAAGGCAGCCAAUGUCUUAGAGGGUGUGUGUGGCCUGCAACCUGGAGACAGAAUGAUGCUGGUGCUUCCGAGACUCCCAGACUGGUGGCUGAUCAGCGUGGCUUGUAUGCGAACAGGUGUGGUCAUGAUCCCAGGUGUCUCCCAGCUGACAGCAAAGGACCUCAAGUACCGGCUGCAGGCUGCCAGGGCCAAGUCCAUCAUCACCAGUGAUGCCCUAGCUCCGCAAGUGGAUGCCAUCAGUGCCGACUGCCCCUCCCUCCAAACCAAGCUUCUGGUGUCUGACACCAGCCGUCCAGGCUGGAUCAAUUUCCGAGAACUCCUGAGAGCGGCAUCUCCAGAGCACAACUGUGUGAGAACCAGAAGUGGAGAUUCGGUAGCCAUCUACUUCACCAGUGGAACCACAGGGGCCCCCAAGAUGGUGGAACAUUCCCAGUCCAGCUAUGGAUUGGGUUUUGUGGCCAGUGGAAGGAGGUGGAUGGCCUUGACUGAGUCUGACAUAUUCUGGAACACAACUGACACUGGAUGGGUGAAGGCAGCCUGGACUCUCUUCUCUGCCUGGUCCAAUGGAGCUUGCAUUUUUGUGCAUGAGCUGCCCCGAGUUGAUGCCAAAACUAUUCUAAAUACUCUCUGCAGGUUCCCAAUAACCACCAUGUGCUGUGUCCCAACCCUCUUCCGGCUGCUUGUACAAGAGGAUCUGACAAGGUACAAGUUCCAAUGCCUGAGGCACUGUUUGACGGGUGGAGAGGCCCUCAACCCUGAUGUGAGGGACAAGUGGAAGAGCCAGACAGGCCUGGAGCUCCAUGAAGGCUACGGACAAUCAGAAACAGUCGUCAUCUGUGGCAACUCAAGAGACUCGACCAUCAAGUCUGGAUCUAUGGGGAAAGCAAGCCCACCUUACGAUGUGCAGAUUGUAGAUGAGGAGGGCAAUGUCCUGCCUCCAGGAAAAGAGGGAAAUAUUGCUGUCCGAAUCAAGCCUACCAGACCCUUCUGUUUCUUCAACUGCUAUCUGGACAAUCCCGAAAAGACAGCAGCAUCAGAGCAAGGAGACUUUUACAUCACUGGGGACCGAGCACAUAUGGACGAGGAUGGCUACUUUUGGUUCUUGGGGAGAAAUGAUGAUGUCAUCAACUCUUCAAGCUACCGGAUCGGGCCUGUUGAAGUAGAGAGUGCACUUGCAGAGCAUCCCGCUGUCCUGGAGUCUGCUGUGGUCAGCAGCCCAGACCCCAUCCGGGGAGAGGUGGUGAAGGCGUUUAUAGUCCUUUCUCCAGCCUAUGCAUCUCAUGACCCAGAAGCCCUGACCAGGGAACUCCAGGAGCAUGUGAAGACAGUGACUGCUCCAUAUAAGUACCCCAGGAAGGUGGCUUUUAUUUCAGAACUGCCAAAGACGGUUUCUGGAAAGAUCCUAAGGAGUAAAUUGAGAAACCAAGAGUGGGGGAGAUGAAAUGCAACCCAAGAGAGAUGCUGUGAUGCACUGAAGGUUCUGAAGGAGAAGGAAGUGGGGCAGGCCAGCUCCUCCUUGGAGUACUAUCCCUUCAAAGUAUAGGCAUCAAAGAUGGUCAUCUUCCAAAUGGGCGUUUUGGGAUAAUGCUGGAAAAUGUAAGAGCAUCCCUGGUUCAGAGCUCACAGACACUGCCCAGUCCAGCAAAUGCCCUACAGCUUAACUUCCCUCUCUGAAGACAUCCUCAGCAUUGCUUUUACUAAGAGAACUCUGUUGUUCCUGGGACAGACCAAUUAGCACAGCCUCAGGGCAUCCUUGGUCUCAGUACACCAGUGGGAAUGAAGGUGACCCUUUGGAUGAAGUCAUUUGGCAACAGCAUCUGGGUCCUCACAUUGAUCAUACCCUUCCAUUUAGAAAUCACACUUUUGGGACUCCGCUAUAAAGAAAAGAUUCAAAAUGCAGAAAAUAUUUGAGAUACAAACAUAUUCAGUGAGAUAGUGUUUAAAACUGAAAACACACACAACUGCCAAAGCAAUAGAGAAAUAAUUAAAUCAGUCAACUAAUGUAA